UGAGAAACUGUCAAAGUGGGGCACAUAAGAAAAUCGAUAGGUACUCAUAAACAUUCCUUUAGACUAUUUACACAGUUUUUAUUUUUGCACUUUUCCACAAUUAAUUUGUUCACUUGUUACUGAAGUGCUAGUGUGUAUAAUUUUAUUUCAAAACACUUUCUGUGCUUCUUCUCAUGUUGCAAGAUGCAAAAUUCACAAACUAACACAGGCAGACAGGCCAGACAGCAACAGCAGCAACCGUAUCAGCAGGGUCAUUCGCAUCAUCAUCACCAUUACACAGAAAACAACAAAUCACCAUCGUCUAUACCGCCCAAUUCUUUAGCGAUCUCCAAGUCCUAUGUGCCCGCACCGGCUUCAACCACCUCGGACGAUACUGACUUCCAUGAGUCCGAGGCACGUUAUGAGUGUGCCAUUUGCAUACAUUGGCUUAAUGAGCCCGUGAUCACCACUUGUGGUCAUCGGUUUUGCAAAUCUUGUUUAACAAAAUGGCUGAACAAUCACAAUCAAUGUCCAUUGGACAAUACAGAGCUUUCCUUAGAACAUGAUAUCUUUCCUGAUAAUUUCACCAGACGUGAGAUAGAACAAAUCAAACACAAAUGCCCUAAUUCACCAUUGGGUUGCGCCGUAGUGGCAUCGCCCAUAGAGGUGGAUCGCCAUUUGCCGACCUGUCCAUACAGAAGACUGGAGAAUGCCGAGGAAAAGUGUCCAUUUGCCAGCAUCAAAUGUGAUUUUGUUGGGCGUCCUGAAACUAAUGCACUCGAAGAGCAUCUCAAAGAAGACAUACCACAUCAUAUGCAACUAAUGUUGCAAGCUUUCCAACAAACAGCCAUAUCUACUUGGAAUCCACAAAAACCAACAACAACGGCAAGUGGUGGCAAAGUAAAUGGUGUACUACCACCACCGCCACCACAAUAUGCAAACGAAGCAGACGAACAACUCAUACAAACAAUGUAUCAACGUAUUGUAGUGCUGGAGCAACGCGUACGCGAGCAAGAUGUAAAAGUGGAAAAUCUUACGAAGCAAUUGGCUGCACGUCAACAAAUCGAUCCACGCUAUAGUAACGGCACAAUUGUAUGGGAAAUCACAAAUUUCCGCAAUGUGGUGGAGCAGUUACGUGCCGAUGCCAAUAAUCUGCUUUACUCACGAGACUUUUACACCUCGCCGCAUGGAUAUCGGUUUUGUGCGCGUGUCAACAUACAGCCACGACACUUAAACCUAUUAAGUUUGCAUGUGCAUUUAAUGCAAUCCGAAAACGACUACCAUUUAGAUUGGCCAUUUAAUGGACGCAUCAAACUGUGGAUGAUACACCCAAAAGAUGCCAGUCUCUCACAACAUGAUACAAUUAUGACCAAACCCGAAGUGAUGGCCUUCCAUAAGCCACGAGAACACAUAAGUACGCGUGGAUUUGGUUUUGUCGAAUAUGCGAAGAUAGCUGAUGUCAUGCAUAAAGGCUUCUGUGAAGAUGACAAGCUGGUAAUCAAAAUACAAAUUAAUAUAGUUUAGACUUAGUGAAGUCAGUAGUAAGUGUAAUAAUGUGGCAAAGUAAAAGUAGUGAUUGUGGUUGCUAUGGUAUGGAACAUGAUGAGCGACGCAGCAAGGACAGUAAA